AUGCCCACAACAAGCUAUACGAUGACCACCCCUCACAAUCAAGCUCAACCUGGCCCUUCUAUCGAGCCAUAUCCAGACGAAUACAAAAUAGCAGCCCUUGUCUUCUACAGCUGUAUCUUCAUAACUGGCUUGUUUGUUAAUGUCACUGCCUUAUGGGUUUUCAGCUGUACCACCAAGAAGAGAACCACUGUCACCAUCUAUAUGAUGAAUGUAGCACUACUGGACUUGGUAUUUAUCGUGAGCUUACCCUUUCAAAUGUUUUAUUAUGCAAAAGGUGAAUGGCCGUUUGGAGAGUACUUCUGCCAGAUUCUUGGGGCUCUCACAGUGUUUUAUCCAAGUAUUGCUCUAUGGCUUUUUGCUCUCAUUAGCGCCGACAGAUACAUGGCCAUUGUACAGCCGAAAUACACCAAGGAACUUAAAAACACAUGCAAGGCCAUGCUAGCGUGUGUGGGAGUCUGGAUAAUGACCCUGACAACCACCAUCCCACUCCUACUGCUCUAUGAAGACCCAGAUAAAGCCUCCACCACUGCCACCUGCCUCAAGGUUUCUGACAUCAUCCACUUAAAAGCCAUUAACGUGCUGAACUUCACUCGACUGAUUUUCUUUUUCUUGAUUCCUCUGUUCAUCAUGAUUGGGUGCUACUUGGUCAUUAUUCAUAGUCUCCUUCACGGUAAGACAUCUAAGCUGAAGCCAAAGGUCAAGGAGAAGUCUAUACGGAUCAUUAUCACGCUCAUGGUGCAGGUGCUUGUCUGCUUCAUGCCUUUCCACAUCUGCUUUGCUUUCCUGAUGCUGGGAGGGGACGAGAACAGCUACAACCCCUGGGGAGCCUUCACCACCUUCCUCAUGAACCUCAGCACCUGUCUGGAUGUGAUUCUCUACUACAUUGUUUCAAAACAAUUUCAGGCUCGAGUCAUCAGCGUCAUGCUAUACCGCAAUUACCUUCGGAGCGUGCGCAGGAAGAGCUUCCGCUCAGGUAGCUUACGGUCCCUAAGCAACAUAAACAGUGAAAUGUUAUGA